AAAUAUAUUAUUAUGGCAAACGUACAUCGAGAGGCGUUUCAAAAACAAAUUCAACAGGAUUGGGCGAAUAGAGAAUACAUCGAAGUUAUAACGGGCAGCAUAAAGAAAAUAACAGAUUUUCUUAAUUCAUUUGACAUGUCAUGCCGAUCACGUUUAGCAGUAUUAAAUGAAAAACUUACAACUUUAGAACGAAGGAUAGACUAUUUGGAGGCUUGUGUUACUAAAGGAGAAACUUUAACAUGA